CCGCACUCCUGUUCAACACUGACAGUGACUCGGAACGUUCAACGUCUCUGCUUGUCUUGUCCAGUCCAAUGCCGACAUAAUAUCAUCAACCCUGGAGCAACGUAGAGAAGCAUAUUGAAGCUGUUUCGGUCGAUCUUCGCGAGCUAUGUCUUCGAUUCUACGGGUUCGGAUAUCUACCUUCAGAUAUCAAACGUGCAAAACCUCUCCGCGACGUGCCUUGCAUACACCGACUUCGCAGCCCUUGAUUCACAUCCCAAAGAGCAACGUCUAUCGUUUCGAUGACACAAAGGGGACCUCUCCGCUCUUCCGCGACCUCCAGUGGACGGUGCGCGACGGCGAGAGCUGGGCCGUCGUCGGCGCUGGUUCAGGCGAGAAGACCGCACUGCUCGAGGUUCUAGACGGGCGCUACCGUCUCAAGCCGCCCCCGCAUGGCGGCCUCUUCCCCUUCCUCUCGUCCUACAGACCCAACGCAGUCUCCCUCGUCUCCUUCGCGCACCGCCCGCGCGCCGCGGGCGGUCAGUUCUACGACUACACUGCCCGCUAUGGAUCCGUGUGGGAGGAGGACAAGAUAACGCUCCGGCAGAGCAUGUUCCCGGAGACGCUCCCCGAGUUUGCGCGGCGCGAUAACCAGCACGCGGUGGAGAUGACGGACGAGGACAAGGAGCUCUUUGACGAGCUCGUGCGGAAACUGGACCUGGGCGGGCUGCUGGACCUCCCGCUUAUCGCGUUGAGUAAUGGGCAGACGCGGAAGGCGCGGAUAUUGAAAGCGCUGCUUGCGAGGCCGGAGCUGAUGCUUCUGGACGAACCACUGACCGGAGUUGACGCUGCGACGCGCCCGCUUCUCAUCGACAUCUUCCACUCACUACACAUUUCUCGCAAUCCCCGCAUCAUCCUCGGACUCCGGAAACAGGACCCCGUCCCCGAAUGGAUCACCCACGUCGCCGCGGUCCAAGGCGGAUCAGUGACCACGGGCCUUAAGAACGAAAUUCUCGCCGAAUUCAACAAGGACGCAGGCACGCAGGUCGCACCUACCACUCGGGACGAUCGGUGGCGCGCUGUUGUCCCGAG